UUUAUUCCUUUUAUCAUGUCAUAAAUAUUUUCCCUCAGUGCACACUUACUCCAGCCAAGCAAAUCGACGGCGGUGGAUGAGAAGUCUUUUGGUGACACCACCUGGCAAAUUGAUUCAAAUGCUCAUCGACUACGCACCCGAACGGAUCUGCCAGCGGAGAGAUGAAGCUAUUGUACCUGACAUGUGCCCUCCUGGCCAGCUGCGCCGUCAUCUGGGCCGCCAGUGGCGAGGAGGAGUCGGAGCAGGAGGAAGGACCGGAGAAGCUUGCCAAGCAGCACGAAACACGGCCGCAUCCUGGACAAGGAUUCAAGCUGAUAUCCUUCGAUGCAGUGGGAAAACACAUAGCCCUGGGUCUGGACUAUCUGGUGCCUUUCCUGGAGGUGCCUGUCAAGCGAAAGCACAAUGCUCCACCAAAGCCUUUGGUUGUAGUGAACUCCGCUGCUGUUGUAAGCUGCGGUCUUGUGGUGGCCGGUGGAGUCCUGGUGGGUCACCUCAUCCGAAGCCUGGGACUGGAGGCCAUCACAGGAGAUGACCAGCGUCCCGUUUUCGGGAAUUCUUCUGCACACAAGCCGAAGUCUUCAGAGGAAGAGGGGUCUUCAUCCACACCAGCACCUAGUUCUACUAAUGCCACCGCCAGGGGACUUUUCGAUGAUAACCACAGUUUGCCGGGAAUCCUGGACAACUUUAAGCUAAUUUACCGCAAUGAAACUGGAGAUCGAGUGGCCACCACUCUUCCCAACAUUCUGGGCAUGAUUGAGCGGACCUUUCUCAAAAGCGACGUUGAUCUAACCGCCUGUCUCCUCAAAUCCAUUUGCACUUUGACCCACAACGCAGGGGAAAAGGUAAUCAAAGGACAGGCUUCGGACUUCGAGCAUCUGCUAGAUGGAGCCACCAAAUGGUCCUGGCUGCUGUCCUGGUUGGAUCAGUCCGCUUUUCGAGACGCCAUCGAAGCAGGAAAGGCGAACUUGCCCCAUCACUGCGCCAUCAAAUAUCCGGAAUGCAAGUGGGUAGCGCCUGAAGAGCAAAUCAUGGAGUUGUGGCGAAAUAACGUACAAUUUAAAUAGCACAUUUAUUUAUCUAGUGUAUUAAGUAAAUGUAUUUAUUCUUUAUUACAAUUAUUUCCAUGAGAUACCAUAUUUUACAUACAUUCUACAGCGUUUGUACACGCA